AUGCUCCAUCAGCACCCCAGCUCUACUGUUUUCAAUAUGCCAUCCUCCAAAUCGAACGUCUCUGAUCAAAGCAUAUCGCGCCCCUCUUCCUCCUCCUUCUCACGCCUGACUCGCACAUGGCACCGGAAACGGCCGUCGCAGUCUUCGUCGUCCUCAUAUUCUCACAUCCCGAAGACUCCUGCCCAGUCAACAACAAGAGUCCCGGACUGGGCCGUUGAUCUCGUCCACGAGGCUGAGCAGUCGGACGAGGCGUUCUGUACCCACAUCCCCUUUUAGCCCUGCCUCGUUCUGCAGUGGCCUUUCGUCUCUGGUCUUGUCAACGGCUUUCGUCUUGGGUCCUACUCUCUUCCGGACUAAUGUCGCCCAUCGGAAAAUCGUUAUCUUGGCUUAGCACUGCCGCUGCGCCCCUCGAUGCGUCUUCGGAAGGUGUCUAAAGCAUGUGCCGUACACAGUUCUGCUAAAAUUGUUUACAUCUCGUCGAGGUAGUACACUCGACGUCCCUCAUGAAUAGGACGAGAGCAGCGCUUCACGCAUCCGAUAUGCCCAGGUGCCAUGCCGUGCAUUUUUUAGAAAUGUUUUGAAUUAUAGCUUGAAAAUGAAAUAUUUGGAGAACCUUUCGAUAGUCUAAUCAUAGCUACAGUACAGCGCAAUCUCCUCUU